AUGGACAAGAUCGACCUCUACCAGAUCCACUUUCCAUCCGUGCUGGUCUUCUGGGACGGCUUGGCAGACUGCUUUGACCAGGGUCUCGUCAAGGCAGUGGGCGUGUCGAACUAUGGAAGUGAGGCGGUGCGCGCCAUCAGCAGGACCCUGGCUGCCCGCGGCAUCCCGCUCACCUCGAACCAGAUCCAGUAUAGCUUGGUCUACCGCUUUCCGGAACUGAACGGCAUGAAGGCCACCUGCGAUGAGCUCGGCGUCAAGAUUUUGGCCUACAGCCCCCUGGGACUCGGUGCGCUCACAGGGAAGUGGACGGAGACUUCCUUGCCCGAGGGCCCGAGGGGUCAGAUUGCCACAAAGCUGCUGAAGGAUCCCAACUGGUCGCUGCUGUUGGAUGCCAUGAAGGACGUGGCGAAGCAGCAUGGCGCCGACACGACGCUUUCCCAGGUGGCCAUCGCCUGGUGCAUCGCCAAGGGCACGACACCAAUCCCAGGUGUACGCAAUGUCCGUCAAGCGGAGGACAAUAUCCGGGCGAUUUCUCUGGCGCUCACGGGCAACGAAGUCGCAGCCCUCGAUGCAGCGGCGGCAAAAGUCGCCCCGUACAUCGAGCCCACAGCCAGCCCCUUCAACAACCUCCGCCAGUCCUUCGACACCAAGCAGGCCAUGUACGAAGCCUGA